GUGUAGUCACUGCUUGCUGAUCAGCCUUCCAAAAGGAAAGAACAUGAGGAGGUGGGGGUGAUGGCAAGCUCGUCAGAGUGGGCCUACGGGAACAUAAGAGUGGCUCCUCAAGGGUCUGCCCAACUCUCUGUCCUUGCAGGAACCAGCCCUGCUGUCACUGUUUUGCCAUGAUAUCAGUGACACCGUCUAAGCAACGCCGUCAUCUGUUUUCCACUCAUCAGUUUCAGGUCCCCUCUUAUCACAUCUCAAAAUGUUCUCUGAGAGAAAUGUUUGUGGCUGAACAAGAUGAUAAACCCCUGCACAGGCGAGAUAAAGCAACUCAGGGUUUGAUUUUCCACAUGCACUUUGGAUGUCUCGGAAACUGUCGAAGGCUGUCAGAGUGAUUGUAUUUUUGAUCAAAAAACAUGGACAUGUUCCAUACAAAGCACAGAUACCUGAGGAUUUACGUUUUGAACCAUGAGUAGUUAGAAAGCCAAAUCACAAUGGAGACUCCACAUGGGGCCAAUUUGGAAGAACGUGAGGCGGCUUUGGAGAGCAAGACCUUUUCAACACAAGAAUCAUCUGUAGAAGAUGAGGGCACUUCAGAAAAACCAGAUCAGAGAGGGGGCGAUCUUGUCCCUUCAGACCAAAGGCUGCGGUUGGAGCCAGAUGGGGAUCUACGUAACCUAAAGAAAAGUUUUACCUGUGUCCCUUACAACACUGGGGGGCUGAGAGAGACCGUGUCUUUUCAAGAGACUAGAAAGGUCCUUCUGGAUGCAGCUCCUGACACAUCUCAGCUUCUUGUAGAGAAUUAUUUCUCCAUGUCACACGGGUCAAACAAAGACCGCUUCUGUGAACUUCCACCUUCUAAUCAUGCGGCAGAAGUUCACUUCAACCAGGCAGCUCAGGAUGAGCCUGACCGUUCACUAAACUUUUAUUCUGGAUGUGUUCAGAGAGACUUUAAGACUCUGGAGCCGAUCUCAAACGGAUCCAUCAUCGAUCAGGCCUGCUCGUCCACUCCCGAGAUCCCCGCCGGCCUGCUUCCGAGAACCUCGCCGGCGCCGCACGUCGUGAAGCAGAGACCAAGCACUAUCACCUUCUCCGACAGCACCGGCUCCUCCUGCAUCAACAGCCAGGCUUCCGGCAAUGACAGCUACGACGGCGAAGGGUCGUCAGCGGAGGAGAAGGACAACGUCGAAAGUAACGCCGAUGAUUACGGCGACGGAAAUGAUGAAGUGUUCCUGGAGUGGGCUCACAGUGAAGAUCUGCCCAUGGCCAAGAAGAAACAGAAGAGAAGAGGUUGCGUGGGUCCGCAAGCAAAACCCGUGCACACCUGUGGUUACGAGGCAGAGGAGGAAGUAAGCGGCAAGGAGGAGUCUCCUCAGGUCAUGUCCCCAUGGUCUGCGUCAAUGAGCCAGCUCAUGAGGAACCUGGACCAGCUUAAUCAGGAUAUUGAGGAAGCUCUGAGUGCAAGUUCUUCUCCCUCUGACACGCCCUGCAUUGCCCGCAAGAAGCAGUGGGGAGCUGCUUCAGAGUCCACACCGAACCAAACCCCGAAUGACAGAGUUCUCCACAGACCCGACAGAAGGGAAUGUUUGAGCCAAGACAGAUCUUCUGCUUCUCGCAGCUCCUCAACAGGGACAAGCGCAAGAUCCAAAAAGGCAAUGUUCAAUAAGAUGACCAAAGCACCUGGUGCAGAAAUUGAAGCAAAAGAGGCGUGUGACUGGCUGCGGGCAGCAGGAUUUCCCCAGUACGCUCAGCUCUUUGAAGAUUCACAGUUUCCAAUUGACAUCACGCCUGUGAAAAGAGAUCAUGAUUUUCUGGACAAAGAUCUAGUGGAAACUCUGUGCAAGCGGCUUAACACGCUCAACAAGUGUGCUUCUAUGAAGCUCGAUGUGAACCUUCCCAAGAAGAAGAGUGACGACUCAGAUGAGGAAGACCUCUUCGCCAUCAGUGACAAAUGGACCUUUGAGUGGAGCAGCAGGCGUUGGUCCAGAUUACAGGACAUCGACUGUCUGCUUAGAAAGCAAGGAGAAGGCCAGGCCUCCAAGGACGGCUUGCCUCUGCACAAUACCACCAGUAGAGAGAGUGUUCUGACGGAUCUUAGUGAGCCUGAGGUCUCAUCGUUGCACAGUGAAAGCAGCGGGGGCAGCGGUCAAAGAGGCCUUAGUACAGAAGACUCUGACUGCUCUAACCGCACCUGCUCAGAUUCUGCAGCGAUGCCAGACUCUACUUCUCUCGCAAUGCCUCACAUCCCUAAAGAAUUCUCCCACUACGGCCCCACGCCCGACAAGCAAGGCAAGACUAGCCGCACCCGGGCCAAAGACUUUCUGAAGCGCAUGGAGACACUGAGAUCCAGAGGAACUUUAGCAAAGAGUCGCAAGACGUUGGACAUUAGCUCCCCUGUCCUGCAGCAGGAGGCCCAGGCGCUGAAGACGCUACGUUGUGUCGAGAUCAUAAAUGGAGACGCCAGAGCUCCAGAACUUCCAUCCGGCAGAGUUCUGCCACCGCAGUCCGGCAGCGAGAGUAGCAGCCAUUCCAGUGGCAGCACUCUCAGCACACCUAGUCUGAAAGAGCGAAAGCCUCACCGAGCUGACCACAAGCGCAGUGGCAUGUAUUUGGAAGACGUAGACAUAUUUUCAGGCAACCAAAUGAACAAAGUUGCAGAACAAAACCGCAAAAAUGAGUUCUGCUCCUAUGAAGAUCUAGUGGUCCACAUUCCCAAAGACCAUAAGCCAGGAACCUUUCCCAAAGCCCUAUCAAUAGAAAGCCUGUCCCCAACCAAUGGAGCCUCCGUUAACUGGCACACAGGAAGCAUGCACUUGGACUCCACACUAAUUCCAUGCAGACAGGAAUCCAGGCCUGUCACACAGUGCUGCUCCAGAGGUAGCCGAAUCAGUGUCUAUGAUAAUGUUCCUGGGUCACACCUGUAUGCCAGCACUGGUGACUUAAUAGACUUGGAGAAAGAAGACCUCUUUCCUCACCUGGAUGACAUCCUGCUACACGUAAACGGUCUCCAGCAGAUAGUGGACCACUGGUCAAAAAACGUCCUGCCUGGAGGACAGGGGCUGGUGCAGGAGGAUAGUGAAAGGGAAGAUAUGGUGCGGCUGCAGUCCUCCAGUCAGAUCACAUUGGACUUUGAGGAAAACUCUGUCGCAGAGAGCCAGACUACUCCAGCCGAUGGAGACCGAGACAAAGUAUCGCUAGCUGAGACCGAAUCUACAAGGUUCAGGGAAAGGAGGGACUCUGGAGUUGGUGCUUCACUCACCAGACCUAACAGGUUACGAUGGCCCAGCUUUCAGAUAUCAAAUCGCCUAAGUCACUCAUUGGCAUCGCUACAAAUUACAAACCAGUCAGCAGGCCAGCUCAGUUUGCUACAGAAGUUUUCUCUUCUGCGUCUUACAGCAAUCAUGGAGAAAUAUUCCAUGUCUAACAAGCAUGGUUGGACUUGGUCCGUGCCAAAAUUUAUGAAGAGAAUGAAGGUACCGGACUAUAAGGACAAGAAUGUGUUUGGAGUGCCGCUCAUAGUAAAUGUGCAGCGCUCUGGACAGCCCUUGCCGCUUGGCCUGCAGCAGGCUCUGAAAUACCUGAGAAGUCAGUGUCUUGACCAGGUGGGUCUCUUUCGGAAAUCUGGGGUGAAGUCCCGAAUUCAUGCUCUAAGGCAGAUGAAUGAAAGUUCUCCAGAUAAUGUAAACUAUGAGGAUCAGUCUGCCUAUGACGUGGCUGACAUGGUAAAGCAGUUCUUCAGGGAUCUGCCUGAACCCCUCCUCACCAGCAAGCUGGGGGAGACUUUCCUCCAUAUAUACCAGUAUGUGCCAAAAGACCAAAGGUUGCAAGCUGCCCAGGCAGCCAUCAUGUUGAUGCCGGAUGAAAACCGAGAGGUGCUGCAAACGCUCCUCUGUUUUCUCAGCGACGUCACUUCCUCCGUGGAGGAAAAUCAGAUGACACCCAUGAACAUUGCGGUGUGCCUAGCCCCUUCCCUGUUUCACCUCAAUAUAAUGAAGAAAGGCAAUCUAUCACCAAAGGCCAUGCAGAAAAAGUAUGCCACAGGCAGGCCGGACCAGAAGGACCUGAAUGAAAACUUAGCCGCGACACAGGGCCUCGCUCAUAUGAUCAUGGAGUGCAAUCGUCUGUUUGAGAUCCCUCAUGAAAUGGUUACUCAGUCGCGCAAUUCCUACGUGGAGGCUGACUUGCAUGCACCGACAAUCGAUGAGCUGUGCAGACAGCUGGAUGAGGCUGAGGGAACCUAUCAGACGCAUAUGGAUGGGAGACUUCAAAAUUUCCUUAAAGAGGCCAGAGAAAAGUCCAAAUACUGGGUGUCAUGCAACAGUUCUGAUAACACAGAGCUGUACUACAAAAAGGUGGGGGAUGGAAACCCUUUAAAACGUUGGCGAGUUUGUGUGGAAGUGGAAGCGCCGCCGUCUGUCGUGUUAAACCGAGUACUGCGAGAGCGCCACCUGUGGGACAUGGACCUGCUUCAGUGGAAAGUGUGUGAGACACUGGAUAAACAAACAGAGGUGUUUCAGUAUGUCCUCAGCCGCAUGCCUCCUCAUCCCAGCAGGGACUUUGUAGUUCUCAGGUCUUGGAGGACAGACUUGCCCAAGGGUGCUUGCUCAUUGGUCUCCGUGUCCAUAGAGCAUGAUGACUGCCCUCCUAUAGGAGGAGUCAGAGCUAUGAUCCUAGAGUCAAACUACCUAUUGGAACCCUGUGGCUCUGGAAAGUCAAGACUAACUCACAUCUGCAGAGUGGACUUAAAGGGAAGGACUCCAGACUGGUACAACAAAGCGUUUGGUCAUCUUUGUGCUGCAGAAGCUGCCCGAAUCCGCAACUCCUUUCAGCCGCUGAUCACAGAUGGACCAGAGACCAAAAUCUGAUACUAUUAUGUCUGUGUAACCUUGAGAGCAGGACUGAGCUGUUUAAUAAUUGCUAAAAGGCUCCCAUGUAGGCGCAGAUAGAGCCCCUGAACAAAGACACAUUUUGUUUUGCUCUGAAAACAUUUUCAAGCCUUUCAACUUGCACAAUGGCAAAGGAAAACAUUUUUAGGUGCUGAGCAUUAUAACUCAAUGGGAAAUUAUUUAUAUUGCCAAUGUCCUUCACCGUAUAAUUUUAUUUACCUUCAUGUUGUGAAUUAAUUAUUUUUCAAUAAUAUAAAUGUGUAAUUGUUACUAUUGUUAUUUACGAUGUCCAGGACAUUCAAGCUCUUAAAUGCUUCUGAGAAGCAUAUGUUAUUCAGUUCAGAUUUAAAUAUAAUUAUGUACACUCAUGUUUGUAUAUCUGUGUGUGAAUAUUGUAAAUAAGAAAACGUUGUACAUUAUGUACAUAUGUGGACAGGUAAAUAAUACAUAUGUUUAUUAAUUUCAUAUAUCUUGAUUCCUACAUGGUCGGCCUCCUUUUAAUACACAUGGUACAAGAUUGUAAGCUGGUUUUACUUUGGUCAUGUAAUGACAGUUUUGAAUAUGUGUAAUUUUAUCAAACUAUGACCUCCAAUAGUUGUGGGAAAUAAUGACUGAAGGUUUGACUUGAUCAUACCUGCUUGAUGGUGCUGACUUUUAUAGUCAGGUACAAGACUCAGUCUUGUUUUUUUUUUUUUUUUUUUAAUAAAACUACUUUUAUUAUAAAA